GCCACAUCAAGACUGUGCACUGCUGUAAGGUCACAUAAUGGGACAGCUGGGAACGUCCUCGCCUGGACAGGGCCCAGCGCCAUCACUUAUUGGCCUGUGACUUGGGCAGGCUGCUCACCUCUCUGUGCCCCGGCUUCCUCCUCUAUCAGGGAGGAUGGCUCCCACAGGAUUAGGGGAGGAGUGGGUGAGUUCAGAUGCAUAAAGCACGGAGAAGAGUAGCCUGAGCCUCUGAAUUUAGGUGUUAACCUGAUAUUUUAAAAAAACGCAUAGGGGAAAAGACAGCGAUGAAUGAAACUGAGGGGUUGAAAGCUAUAAUUUGGGGGUGGAGGGGUUUUAUUCAUCCUUUCUGUUUUUCCGAUGGGUUGGGAAAGGGUGGGCAGGAAAAGUGGGGGUGGAAUGUGCUGUUGGAAGGAGCAGAGCCGGGCCUGUGGGAGAGGUCACUCGUGCCUGCUGUCCCCGUGCCCCUCUCCCCUUCCCCUCCCCCAGUCUUUCUGCCAGGAAAGGCAGCCAGGAAUGCUCAGGGCCCAGGAGGGCCCAGGGGGCUGUGUUCAGGAGGAACCAGCCAGGGGGUGCCCCAGGCGGCACUCUCUCAGUCUUCACUUUCCUCUCUUUUGCCCCCAGAAACCCAAUGGAGAAGUUGGAUGCGGAAACCUUCUCCUUCCACUUCCUUAACAUGGAAUUUGUCUAUGGUCGGAACUGCUCCUACCUCUGCUACCAAGUGGAAGGAAGGUUGAGCGGCUCACCUGGCCUCUUUGAACAGGGGGUCUUUCUAAAUGAGGUCUGUGGCGACACUCGCAGCCACGCAGAACUCUGCUUCCUCCAUUGGUUCUGCGGCAGGCUGUCCCCUCACGCGUAUUACUGUGUCACCUGGUUCAUAUCCUGGAGCCCCUGCUCCUACUGUGCCAGGCAGGUGGCCGACUUCCUGAAGCGGCACAGGAACAUCAAGCUGAGCAUCCUCGCCGCCCGCCUCUACUAUUGCCAAGACCACGAGCAGGGCCUUCGGAGCUUGUGCAACAGUGGGGCCCAGCUGGCCAUCAUGUUCUACCGGGAUUUUAGAUACUGCUGGGACAACUUUGUGUACCAUCAUGGAAGGCACUUCAUUCCCUGGGAAAACAUUAAUGUAAAUUCUCGUCUCCUGGCCACAAAGCUUGAGGACAUUCUCAAGUGAGCGCUUCCUCAG